UGAAUGCAUCGUCAUCGUCAGAAAGUUACACAAACCGCUCGUGAAGUAAACACAACGGUUACAGGGGUCGACUGGAAAAGAAAACUGUUUUCACACCACGUUUAUUUAUGCAUUUAUGCUAUUAAUCUGGGGGAAAGUUUGUAGAGACAUUAACAACAACGCUGCAGUUAAACACAACCCGUGACCUUUCACCUUUGACAAUGUUUGUUCGCAGCAGUAAUGGACGGAAGACAUGACCCACCUUGCAGCAGAGCAGGCCGUAUGAGUUCAACAAAGCAGCCCAGCUUCACGACAGUCACUGUGGAAGGUGAACCCGAGCUACACGACCCCCAAACAGGUAUGAUGGCAGUUGGAGGGUUGGUGACUGAGGACACGUGGCUCUAGGCGUGCAGCGCUGCCCUGCCCGGCACCAUGCAGCAGAAAGGUGCAAUCCAAAUUAUCGAAUGGGAGGACCUGGACAAGAGGAAGUUUUACUCCCUGGGUGUGUUCAUGACUUUGACCACCCGGGCCACGGUCUACCCGGCCAGCCUCAUCCGAACCCGCCUCCAGGUACAGAAGGGAAAGGCCCUCUACUCUGGAACCUUCGAUGCUUUCUUCAAGAUCUUGCGAGCGGAGGGCGUGCGAGGCCUGUACCGUGGGUUCAUGGUCAACACAUUCACCUUAAUCUCAGGACAGGCUUACAUCACCACCUAUGAACUGGUGCGCAAGUAUGUAUCCCAGUACUCACCCAGUAACACAGUGAAGUCUGUGGUGGCUGGAGGGGCAGCGUCUCUGGUGGCCCAGACCAUCACCGUGCCCAUAGACGUGGUGUCUCAGCACCUGAUGAUGCAAGGACAGGGGGAGCAUCUAACUCGCUUCAAGGCCAAACCCAAAAUGAUGCUCGCAGCAACUAAACGCAGACUGACUUUCGGGCAAACACGUGAAAUUACAGUGCAGAUAUUUGCAGCCGAUGGAUUCAGAGGAUUUUACAGGGGCUAUGUGGCAUCACUGCUCACUUACAUCCCAAACAGUGCACUGUGGUGGCCUUUUUAUCAUUUUUAUGCAGAGCAGCUGUCCUUGUUGGCACCAAGUGAAUGCCCCCACCUGAUUCUGCAGGCUUUGGCAGGACCAAUGGCAGCAGCAACCGCCUCCACCAUCACCAACCCCAUGGAUGUUGUUCGAGCAAGAGUACAGGUGGAGGGACGAUCAUCUGUCAUUGAGACGUUCAAGCAGCUGCUGGCGGAGGAAGGCAUCUGGGGGAUGACCAAGGGGCUGUCAGCCCGCAUCAUUUCCUCCACGCCCACGUCGGUGCUCAUUGUGGUGGGAUACGAGACUCUGAAGAGACUGAGCCUGCGAGCUGAGCUGAUAGAGUCCAGACACUGGUGAAAGGCCCCAUGGAGCCCUCGUGCCAGGCUUCACUUUAGAAGAUAACGCAGAUCUGUCUCCAGUCUCAGGGGGGUAACUCCUCUACUGUGUCAGCUGCUGCCACAAGCCUUUCAGACUGUGCUGUUUUAAUGUGUGUAUGAUGAGUGCAAGUGGUGAUGUUUGUCUUUAGGUACAGUUGAGAGUUACAGGUGUUAUUACCUUGCUGUUUUCCACUUGUCAAACAUGUAUUUUCUGGCCUGUUUUUUUUUCUUUCUGCCAAACUAUUACUGUGAAAUAUGAAGAAAAAAAAUGAUCCACUGAAAAAUUACAGGCUGUUUGUUAAAGGAGAGUAGAUAACUAAAGUCAUUGCUCCUAUGCUGUAUGUUUUAACAGCACGUAAUGACUCUCCCAGUGUUUUUUAUGAAUUGAUAUGGAAAAGAACUCUUCAUAUGCAGCAAAUCAGAGUUUUUAACUUUUACUGUGCACCCUGGCAGCCUAAGCUCGUGAACACAUGAUGCACGUUUUGAGCGUACUUUCCAGCUGCAUUCAGGUUUUAAAAAUAGAGCCUCAGGUACACGGCAGUAAAUUAGUCUGUAUUUUAAGAGCAUCUGCAGUGAGGCCAGUCUAAUGAGUUUCCAAUGUGCCAAAAUACAGUGACACAAAUGCCUUGUUUCUGCUUUAAUGAGCACAAGAAAGAGCAGAGGAGAGGUUGAUAUCUGAGUGCAUUCCAACUAAAGAAAAUUUUGUGCAGAGGUUUGAAACAUCUGCUCAAUCUCACCUUUCUUAAGACGUAAAUUAGGAGAGAAUGUGAUUUGUUGUCAUUUAAUUACAGCGAUGCCAUUAAAAUGUACAGAAGAAAUUAGUUUAUCUUAUCAAAAAGUGAAACAUGAGCUAUUUUUCCAAAAGUAUCUUUAAAAUAUGAUUGUUCUGUUUACUUACAGAGCAACAAAUAUAACAUUCAUCUAUAGAGGUCUUUGUGAAACCAGGGACAAAGUUUGUGUAGUUUGAUCUGAAGUCUCUCUUUAUUGUGGCUUCGUGAAGUCAGUAGUGCAGGUGUAAUGAUGAAUUCUUCAUAUAGCUAAGUUGAAAAGGCGAGUCGGGCAGGUGUCUCUGCUUCUUUUUGUUCCUGUCUAUGUAAAGUGAUUGUACAAAACAAAGUGGAACUUGACGACUGAAACAAAAAAAGGUGACAUAAGAGGUGUACAUAAAUGAAAUGUUACAGGCUUUAGACUAUGUCAGAGAGGUGGGGAUCCAGUAUUUUCCUCAUGGGCCACUUCUAAUGUUGGUGAUUCUGUGUAUUAUUUAUGCUGUUUGGUGACUGGGGGUCAGAUCUGCUACAGAAAGACUAAUCACUGGGUCAUUUUGCUGUUAAAUCGACACAAAACUGAGAGAGAUUAGAGGCAGCAGCACCACACCAGCAGACAAAACUAAACUCCAAAGUUGCCUUCAGUGUUAGGUACAUCAAGACUACUGUCAUGUUAGAAACUGUUACUGCCAGAAAACACAUCUCCACGAGGUUUGACACUCUGUGCCCUUUCUUUUAUAUACUUAAGUGUUUUAGUGUUUGCAAACAGCAAUUUUCAGUUUGUACAUCAUGAAUAAGAAUGAUGGACUCAACAUUUUCUUCGCAGUUUCUGAAAAGAAAAUCAAAUGGACCAUUGCCUGUAUGGAGGAAGUGCCACACCUGUAUUUACCAACUACCUGCUAUUAUCUAAGAAGCGUUUAAAGAGCAGUUUGAUGUGUUUUAAAACAUUGAGAACUUGUGGACAUGUGAUUAAAAGUAAUAAAGAAUUCUGAAUCAG